AUGAGUUCAUUCUUAGGUAAGCAACGCUCGAAUGUGGCAGACAUGAACAAGCCAGAUCCUAUGGAAGACAUGCCAAAGGAGCGCGAGGAUGUUAUCCAGAGCAAGAAGGCCACAUAUGAGAUUUUGGAAAUACUUGGUAAGGGAUCGUUUGGUGCAGUAUUUCGAGUUCGGCGUUUAGAAGACGGAAAAGAAUUGGCAAUGAAAUGUGAAUCGUACAAAGUGAAAAAGCAGAUUUUGAGACAUGAAGCGCGAGUACUCGAAGGGAUGAGAAAGAUUAACUCGGUUCACUUUAUCAGUUACGAAGAUCGGGGGAAAAUAACGGGCAGAUUUAUGUUUGUUGUUAUCAGGCUAGUUGGUAAAAACUUGUGGGAUCUUCGCAUGGAAAACCCUGAAAGGCGUUUCUCGAUGGCUACUGGAAUAAGGGCGGCAGAGCAAACAUUAUCAGGCAUAAGAGAUCUCCACAUAUGUGGGUACUUGCACCGAGAUAUAAAACCACCUAACUUUGCCAUAGGACGAGAAGAAGAUGGGAAUCCGCACACCAUAUACAUAUUAGACUUUGGGCUUUGUCGGAAAUACAGAACAGAUGAAAAGGAUCUGCGGUAUAUGCGGGAGAAGGCAGCGUUCCGUGGAACCACAAGAUAUGCUAGCAUAGGGGCACUAGACAUGAAAGAUCAAUGUCGAAAAGAUGAUGUGGAAGCAUGGUGGUACAUGGUUUUAGAGUGGAUGAUAGGACAGUUGCCCUGGAAACACUGCCGAGGCGGCGAUCGAGCUGAGGUGAAGCUGUACAAACAACAACUUCGUUUGGAAAAGAACUUAAAAAAGGUUCUUAAACACACUCCUGAAGAAUAUAUGGCGAAUAUAAUUCUUUAUAUCGAUACGCUCGAGUACAAUUCUAUACCAGAUUAUGAUCAUAUAGCAGCACAUCUCGAGGCGGCAAUGCAAGCAUAUCACUUAAGCUACUCAGAACCUCUUGAUUGGGAUCUCAUGACCGAAUAUAAAGGUCCUCGUUACGUGAAAAAUCUCGAUUACGAGCUGAAAUGA